AUGUUGAAGGCUUUUCGGCCCCGACGACAACCUGCUGUCCAAUCGCAUUCUCUCACAGCUCAAGCUAAUACACAGCUGACCGAUGGUGCUACUGUGUCUUCCUGCGUUACCACAGUGUCUGCAGACCGUAUUUUUCAUGCAAUUCUCCCAGUGAAGAUCCACCAGAAAGGUAGUAGCACUGUUAUGAAUGCAUACUGUUUUUAUGAUAAUGGAAGUAGUGGUUGUUUUAUUACAGAAGGAUUAUUCCGCCAACUUGAUGCCUCGGGUGUAACUACUCGUCUCCAGCUUAAGACUAUGUCUGGAAGCAGCUGUUUUCAAAGCAGUGCGGUGGAAAAUCUGGUGAUUACAGAUAGUAAUGGUGAUAAUGCCAUUGAACUGCCACGAACUUUCACAAGAGAUGAUAUUCCAAUCACCAAAGAUCAGAUACCUACGCCAGAUAUCGUCAGAAGGUGGGAUCACCUCAAAAGUGUUGCUCAGGAAAUACCAGAAUUGCAAGAAAAUGUGGACUUGGCUAUCUUGAUUGGAAACAAUUGCCCACUAGCCUUGGAGCCGCUUGGAGCAAUACCUUCUUCAAAUGGAGGCCCGUAUGCAGUGUUACUUAGACACGGUUGGACAGUACAUGGACCGUUAACCGCUGAUACUAGGGACCACAUUACAUGCAAUCGUAUACAGGUGGAGGAAGUCCACAAGGAGAUAAUGUCCCCGGCUACUGCAAUGCACAUGAUGGAGCUUGAUUUUUGUGAGCAUAAGCCAUCAUAUCCUGAUGAGAAAGGAAUGUCACCAGAGGACAAACGUUUCUUACAGAUUGCAGAAGACGGUGUUGUUUUUGAGAAUGGUCAUUAUACUUUGCCCUUACCUUUCAGAUCCAGUGAAGUGUCACUUCCUAAUAACCGAUCACAAGCAGUACAGAGGGCAUUGUGGCAAAAGAGGAAGAUGAUGAAAAACGAAACUUACCGUGCAGAUUACGUAGCAUUUGUUUCAAAUAUUUUGGAGCGUGGUUAUGCAGAGCGUGUUCCUCUUUAUGAUGUCUCAGCACAGGGCCAAGUAUGGUACUUACCUCAUCACGGUAUAUACAAUCCAAACAAACCGGGGAAAAUUAGAGUAGUGUUUGAUGCAAGUGCCAAGUUUCAAGGGACAAGCCUGAAUGAUCACUUAUUACAAGGACCGGAUCUGGCCAACAACUUGGUGGGAGUUCUUUGUAGGUUCCGUCAGCAUCAAACCGCAUUCACUGCCGAUAUAGAAUCCAUGUUUUUUCAGGUCCGUGUUCCAGUAGAACAGAGAAGUUUUAUGAGAUUCAUGUGGUGGGAAAACGGUGACUUGAGCAGCGACUUGCAAGAAUAUNAACCGCAUUCAUUGCCGAUAUAG